AUGGCAGCCCGGAAGAAAGCAGUUGAGGGGCCGUUGGUAGGCGCAGUAGUCCAAGGCACCGGCUCCAGUAGCUUUCUGGUUUUCAAUUUAAAAACAGCAGAACUACUUACUCGUUAUCAAGUCGAAUUAACACAAGAUUUCCCACAAGAAGGAUGGGUGGAACAAGACCCUAAGGAAAUUCUACAGUCCGUCUAUGAGUGUAUAGAGAGAACGUGUGAGAAACUUGAUGAGCUUAAUAUUGAUAUAUCCAACAUAAAAGCUAUUGGUGUAAGCAAUCAGAGGGAGACCACUAUAGUCUGGGACAAGUUAACUGGAGAACCUCUCUACAAUGCUGUGGUGUGGCUUGAUCUAAGAACCCAGGCUACCGUUGAGAAGCUCAGUAAAAAAAUACCAGGAAAUAGUAACUUUGUCAAGUCCAAGACAGGUCUUCCACUUAGCACUUACUUCAGUGCAGUGAAACUUCGUUGGAUGCUUGACAAUGUGAGAAAAGUUCAAAAGGCUGUUGAAGAUGGUAGAGCUCUUUUUGGUACAAUUGAUUCAUGGCUUAUCUGGAGUUUGACAGGAGGAGUUAAUGGAGGUGUCCACUAUACAGAUGUUACAAAUGCAAGUAGGACAAUGCUUUUCAAUAUUCAUUCUUUAGAAUGGGAUAAAGACCUCUGUGAUUUUUUUGAAAUUCCAAUGGAUAUUCUUCCAAAAGUCUUGAGUUCUUCUGAGAUCUAUGGCCAAAUGAAAUCUGGGUCCUUGGAAGGUGUGCUGAUAUCUGGGUGUUUGGGGGACCAAUCUGCUGCAUUAAUAGGACAAAUGUGCUUCCAGGAAGGACAAGCAAAGAACACCUAUGGAACAGGCUGUUUCUUACUAUGUAAUACAGGUCGCAAGUGUGUGUUUUCUGAACAUGGUCUUCUGACCACAGUGGCAUAUAAACUAGGCAAAAACAAGCCAGUAGUUUAUGCAUUGGAAGGUUCUGUUGCUAUAGCCGGUGCUGUUGUUCACUGGCUGAAAGACAAUCUUGGAAUUCUAGAAACCCCUGAAGAAAUUGAAACACUUGCUAAGGAAGUAGGUACUUCUUAUGGCUGUUACUUCAUUCCAGCAUUCUCAGGGUUAUAUGCACCUUAUUGGGAACCCAGUGCAAGAGGGAUCAUCUGUGGUCUCACUCAGUUCACUAAUAAAUGUCAUAUUGCUUUUGCUGCAUUAGAAGCUAUUUGUUUCCAAACCCGAGAGAUUUUGGAUGCCAUGAACCGUGACUGUGGAAUUCCAUUCAAUCAGUUACAGGUAGAUGGAAUAAUGACUAACAACAAAAUUCUAAUGCAACUGCAAGCAGACAUUCUGCAUAUUCCAGUAGUAAAGCCCUCUAUUACUGAAACAACUGCACUGGGAGUUGCCAUGGCAGCAGGAAGUGCAGAAGGAGUGGGCAUUUGGAGUUUUGAAAAUGACAAUUUGUCAAACAUCAUGGGGGAACGGUUUGAACCACAGAUCAAGGCCACAGAAAGUGAAAUUCGUUAUGUUACAUGGAAGAAAGCUGUGAUGAAGUCAAUGGGUUGGGUUACAACUCAGUCUCCUGAAAGUGGUGACAAUAUCUUCUCUACUCUGCCCUUGGGCAUUUUUAUAGUGAGUAGCAUGUUAAUGUUAAUUGGAGCAAGAUACAUCUCAGGUAUCCCAUAA